CUGGAAUCCUUGGGACAUCCUUACCCAAUUUAAAUGUAAAAUGUUUAGGGUGGGCUAUUCAACUGUUACCCUACGAGGUCCGACUGGAGGCAGCUGGUUUUCUGUUCUACCUGAUAACUAAUUUCACCCACCUGCUAUCCAAUGUCUAAACCAGUCCCUGAUUAGAGGGGAACAAUGAGGGGGAAAAAUACAGUGGAACUGGCUCCGAGGUUCAGAGUUGCGUUUGAGGUGAGUAGCACACAGACUGUAAAAAUAAGGUUCAAGGUAUGAACGUCCCAAUGAUACCAGAUAGCACUAACCCUGUUGGUGUGGAGAAGAGUCUUGAUAGUGGUGGGCGGGAACAGGAUACAUCCUCUCAUUGGUUUCCACAAGAUAAGACAGCCACAAAGUCAAAAUUGGCUGUAUCGUAACAUUUCAUGAAAACAAACAUGAUUUUAGUUGUUAAUAUACAGUUAGCAGUGUGGUUAAGGUUAGUUUUAAAAUCUGAUUUUAAAUUGUAGAAAUAGGCGGGGUUUAUGACUUUGUUAACGAGUGACAACCACUCUCAUUGGCCAGACCGCGUGUGUGUAAUUUACGCAGUAAGUGGUGCGCGGCUCAGUCAAAACAUUGAUGAUACCUGUUGUUGAUGCUUGAAAGAUUCCACGCAAAACUUAUCUGGCACUCUGAAAUAUUUGGACAAAGUGUACUCAUGACGAAAAGGCGAGCUGAAGACGUUUUGUUCCACGACACGCCUGUUAAAAGAUCAUGUUUUCGUCCACUUGACAAAUUUGAUACGCAGUUAGAAAGCAUGGCUGCAGCCGGGUGCGUGAGUCCGCCAUCUCUGCUCGCUUUGUUGGGGAGACGCUGCAAAAAGAGACCGUAUUAUUUCGAAGAUCAUGAGGAACAUCAAGAAACACUUAAACUUCGUAAGCUGUCAAAUAGUGAGCAUCGGGUCAGUGCACCACAGAGUGUGCUGGUAAAGAAUUCUGGAAGUUUCCGAGAGAGUGCAUCUGCGAACUCUGGUUGCUCAACGGUGACCUCUAAGAAACGUGCACGAGAUAACACUGUCACAAGAUACGAUACUCCAAGGAUUGUCACACACAAAGAUGAUGAUGGCAAUGACCUAUGCACUUUCAACUCAUUCCAGUACUGGAGGGUGCCUCUACCUGAGCUGGACAUUUCACUCCUUCAGAAUGGAAACCUCUCUGGAUCAAAUGGAGAACCCCCUGCCAAAGAAUUAUCCUGUGAAGCCAUGGAGUCAUAAAUUUUAAUUCAUGGUCUGCCCACCAUGGAACUCUUAUAUGAGAGAUGGCCACCAGUGGAGGCUGGUGGGAGAAGCUAUAGGAGGACUGGCUUUUUGUAAUGGCUUGAAUAGAAUUAAUGGAACGGAGUCAAACGUGGUUUACAUGUGUCUGAUACCAUUCCAUUCCAGCAUUUACAAGGAGUCUGUCUUCCUAUAGCUCCUCCAACCAGACACACUGCCCAUCAGAGCCAUAGCUUUAGAUCUAUACUGUUUAGACCAUGUGGUUCUCAAAGUGGGGUACGUGGACACCUGGCCAGAUCUCAAAAUAUAUACUGAAUAUUACAUUUUAACCUUUAAAUGUUAUAAAAUUAAUAUUACAAACAACAUAUUACAUUGCUUUUGGCCAAAGGAUCUGUGGAAUAAGCUUAAAGUGUGUAAUACAGUGUGAUAUUAUUAAUCUACAAUUGAUGUUCUUAACCCUGGGAAACAUGGGCCUGGGAGGCUCACAGGGAUAUUGGUAUCCACAGUACUCCAUAAAUAAUCAAUUUGUCAACUCCAUACUAUUCCCCCAAAUUUUUGUUUUGACAUGAAUGCACUGUAAUUUAAGCUUUAAAUCCGCAACGUUACCUUUCUGCCUCAUGGCAAAAUUGCAGGAUAUUAUCUUUAAAGCUGCAACAACAAAACAUCUCUGCCCCAUGACACAAUUUGUAGAUUUGCAGGAAAUUAGCAACAUUUUCGCUCUUUCACCUGGCCUGAGACACUAACUCUGAAAUCUGGCUACAUGGUUAUUGUACCUGCUUUGAACACAAAGAUAAAGCUACACGUACAGUGCAUUCGGAAAGUAUUCAGACCCCUUUACAGCCUUAUUCUAAAAUGUAUUAAAUAAUCCCCCUCCCUUUUCAAUCUACACACAAUACACAUACCGUAAUAACAAAGAAAAAACAGCAAAUAUCUGAAAUAUCAUAUUUACAUAAGUAUUUAGACCCUUUACUCAGUACUUUGUUGAAGCACCUUUGCCUGUGAUUAGAGCCUUGAGUAUGCCGCUACCAGCUUGGCACGCCUGUAUUUGGGGAGUUUUAUCCCAUUCUUCUCUGCAGAUCCUCUCAGGCUGGAUGGAUGGGGAGUGUGACAGCAGCUAUUUUCAGGUCUCUCCAGAGAUGGUUGAUCGGGGUCAUGUCCGGGCUCUAGCUGGGCCACUCAAGGACAUUCAGAGACUUGUCCCGAAGCCAUUCCUGCGUUGUCUUGGCUGUGUGCUUAGGGUCGUUGUCCUGUUGGAAGGUGAACCUUCACCCCAGUCAGGUCCUGAGCACUCUGGAACAGGUUUUCAUCAAGGAUCUUUGUACUUUGCUCUGUUAAUCUUUCCCUCGAUCCUGACUAGUCUCCUUGUCGAUGAAAAACAUCCCCACAGCAUGAUGCUGCUACCACCAUGCUUCACCGUAGGGAUGGUGCCAAGUUUCCUCCAGACGUGAGGCUUGGCAUUCAGGACAAAGAGUUCAAUCUUGGUUUCAUCAGAGCAGAGAUUCUUCUUUCUCAUGGUUUGAGAGUCCUUUAGGUGCCUUCUGGCAAACACCAAGCGGGCUGUCGUGCAUUUUACUGAAGAGUGGCUUCUGUUGGGCCACUCUACCAUAAAGGCCUGAAUGGUGGAGUGCUGCUGAUAUGGUUGUUCUUCUGGAAGGUUCUCCCACCUCCACAGAGGAACUCUGAAGCUCUGUCCAAGUGACCAUUGGGUUCUUGUCCACCUACCUGACCAAGACCCUUAUCCCCGGACUUCUCCGUUUGGCCGGGCGGCCAGCUCUAAGAAGAGUAUUGGUGGUUCCAAACUUCUUCCACUGUUCUUGGGGAUCUUCAAUGCUGCGUAAUUUUUUUGGUACCCUUCCCCAGAUCUGUGCCUCGACACAAUCCUUUUCUAGAGCUCUACGGACAAUUCCUUUGACCUCAUGGCUUGGUUUUUGCUCUGACGUGCACUGUCAACUGUGGGACCAACAGGUGCUCCUUUCCAAAUCAUGUCCAAUCAAUUGAAUUUACCACAGGUGAACUCCAGUCAAGUUGUAGAAACAUCUCAAGGAUCAUCAAUGGAAACAGGAUGCACCUGAGCUCAAUUUCGAGUCUCAUAGCAAAGGGUCUGAAUACUUAUGUAAAUAAGGUUUUUCUGUUUGACUUUUAAUACAUUUGCAAGAAUUUCUAAAAACAUGUUUUCGCUUUGUCAUUAUGGGGUAUUGUGUUAAUUUUAGAAUAAGGCUGUAACGUAACAAAGUGGAAAAAGUAAAGGGGUCUGAAUACUUUCCCAAUGCACUAUACAUACCAGGGCUACAGUGUCCUUACCAUGGAAAUACAACUAUAUCUAUAUGGCUUACAGCAUGAAACCAGAGUAAAAUUAUUUCCACCAGACUUGCAGGGGCGAACUGGCCAUUUGGCUGAAAUGCCAGAUGGGCUGGUCCAUUUUUGGUCCAGUUGGCCUGUCUAACUAGCUAUUUUUUUGUGUGCAAAAUGAUCAUUACUUGGCUAAUAAUGGGGGCCUCACGGAAUACAUGGGCUAGUGGGGGGGCCUUGGAUGAUAGGCCGAUGUGUCAGAAAUACCAGUCCGCCCCUGUGGCCCGGUAUUUGUAAGAGUUUUUAUAGACUGAACACUAAUUGUUUUAUUACUUUUAGGAGAUAAAUCAUUGACAUAGCGUCGUUAAAUGCGUUCAGUGCUCCUUUUUUAUCUUCAUGUAGCCUACAGUGUAUUGGAAAUAAGGGAUGAAAUGUGUUGUGUAUGCAGCUAGUUGUUGGUACAUAAACCCACCCUGGCUACUUACUGAUGGUUUUUCAAAGUGAAUGGACUAUUUUAUUUGAACUUAACCUGUUGCUGUUGGUCAUAGCUAGCUGUUGGAUUCUUACUUUAAAUAACAUUCCAAAUAGAUGGAUGGAUUUAUGGAUGAAAGAAUUGAUGUAUUAGUCAAUGAAUGUCUAUGUUAAGGCAAACAUACGGAAGUUGUUACUGUUUACAAAUCUUCUCUUCAGUCUGUAAACUGCUGCUCAACAUGUAUACAGUACCAGUACAUUCUUUGCGAGGUAUUUUUUCCCCUUUGUCAUUACAGAGUAUUUUGUGUAGAAGUGAGGGGGAUUUUUCUUUUUUUAAUCCAUUUUGAAUUUAGGCUGUAACACACCAUUUUUUUUGUUUUGUUAAGUCAAGUGGUAUGAAUCCUUUCUGAAGGCACUGUAGGUAACACAAGGCAAGUUUGAGGUCUGUGUUGGUCUAUACAGUUAUCGCUUUGUACAAUAAAACUAUAAAUAUG